AUGGUUUAUUCUUGGGAUGACAAAGAGGCUGUGUGCUAUCGCCUCUAUGUCGAGGAGCGCAAGAGUCUGGAGGAAGUCAUAGCAUAUUGGGAGGUUCGGGGGUUUACUCCUAGUAAGCGGGCGUUUCAAACGCAGUUCAAGCGAUGGGACUUUCCGAGCAAGCAAAAUCCGGCGCACAAAAACCCCGCUCUCGUCGCACGGCUCCAGCAACUAUGGGAACAGAAUUGUACUCAGAAGGAGAUGAUGGAUAUUCUGCAGGCUGAGGGCUUCGAUAUCAACGACCGCGAACUGCUUCGUCUGCGGCUCAGACUCAAGCUUUUGCUCAGAGAGCGCGUCUCCAAGCCGAAAAAGGCACCGACGACCGAUGGGCGAAUACAGAAGAAGGCAAAGAAAAAGGCACCCAAGGUUAUACCUGGUAAAGGCCUCAUAAAUCAGCUUGGAAACACGAUACUAGCAGAAGAGACAUCAAGCGAGGAUGAGAGUGGGGAAGAGGAGCAGGCCGACGAUGGGUCUGCGGAACAGUCGGAAGAAGCGCGACCUAUAAUCCCUGAACCCGACACUGUUGGCUUGAGCCCAGAGGAGGUGCUUAGGAAACAAUUACGACAGCAACAACUGCAGGCCGAGAGUGACGAGAAAUGGCGUACGCGGAAACGACGAAGACGAACCCGCGGUUGGGCAGGGCUGCCUGCAGAUGCGCCUGGGGAGCCUCCUCGAUUCCCGUCUGAGACGACGAUUGAUGAAGCGAAGGCGUACCUUUGUCUUGACAACAACAUGUACCGCGAGCUACGAGAGCGUUUUCUCGAUAUCUGCAAGGCUGAGGAGGUUGUCAAGAAGACGAUUGCUGGCCCUGAGAAGUGGGCGCAGAUUGUACAGCAGCUUAUCAAGGAAAAUGCACAUUUGACAGAGGUCUUCCAGCAGGAACCUGAAGUGCUACAGAAUUACGAUGCAUUAUUUCGACCAAAAGGCCAGCGGGCCUUGUCGCUAGAUGUCAUUUGCAUGGAUGUCACGAAGCGCCUACGAACCUUGAAUACACGGAUGAGCCUCGCCGACGCGAAGAACAUUCUUGGUCUCAACCCCGAGCAAACGAGACGCGUACGAAGUGCCUUUGCCGAGAAACUGAGAACAGCUCAUUUUACGAACAAACUCGAGGCGGGUGAAGCACAGUGGACAGAACUGAAGCAGGCCUGGGUCAACGAGUCUGAGCACCUAGUAAAGGCACUCUCGCAAGGCGAAAACGAUCCAGACUAUGCGCGGAAACUAAGAGCGCUCGAAGUUCUGGCUCGAGACGUCACGAAGAGACAACAACAGGAGAACGCAGCUAAAGAUCCAAACAAAAAGCGCCAGGUCCACCAAGGACCAGGCCCAGGACCUGCACCACCUGUUGUCGCUACUCACUUGACAACACUGAGCACCAAAGAGCGCCCACAUGCAAACAUGACCCGCGAAGAACCACCACAACCAUCCUACCCGACCGCUUCAGACCUCCAAAUCGACCCCUCCCUCCUCCUAGCCGCCAGCGACGCCUCCAUCCUCCCUACCCCAGACUACCCACCCCAACCACGCUACCAACCCCCUCAAUACCAACCCGCCUCCCACUACCAACACACAUACUACCCCCCCUCAACCAACACCAGCACCAGCACCACAUCCUCCUCUUCCUCCUUCACCCCUCUCCCAGUCUACUUCCGCCUCCACCCCCACUCCUCAACCCCCUUUCCAGCAAAAACCCUCUGGCUCUCCAUCCUCCACUCCCCUUCUCUAUCCGAACUCCACACCCUGGCUACCCGCGAGCACCCGGGUACCGAAGUCCGGAAACUAGAAGGUCUGAUAGCGUAUAAGGGGGGUGCGGAGGGGAGAGAAGUCGGCGUGCAGAUUACGGAUGAUGGCGAGCUGGGGGCUUAUCUGGGCGUUGUGAGGGGGGAGAAGGAGGGGAAGGUGGGGAAGGUGGUGUUUGGGGUGUUGCUUGGGGAGUUUGUGAGGUGGGGGAUUUGUGGAGGGGGAGAAAGGGGGAAAAGUUAG